UGGAAUGAGAAACCCACCUCUGCUGAUCGUCUUCAAUCAGGGAUCCAAAUAAAGACUCCUCUUUUACACAGGACCCGUCUACUUGGCGCCAUUACUCUUUCUUCAGAUAAGUUUACAGAGGUUUUGGCGAUGUUACUUCAGCUCCCUCGGUUGGCACACUCCCUCAGAGACCCAUUCGAUGUCGACCAGGCUUAUCUCCAGCGUAAAACCAUCUUCCAAAAUCUCAAACCCCCCAGGAAUGGAAACUCUCAUGAUGGAUCAAAAUUGGCACGAAGAAUAGUUCAUCUAUGGGAUGAAGCGCCAAUUGAAGUGCGACAAGCUUACAGACAGUUUAUUGGGGCUGUCGUUGAAUUGAUGGGUGGAGAAGUGGAGUCUGAGGAGUUCUAUGAGUUGGCUUUGACAGCUUACCGUCUUUUCGCCAGGCCAGAGGGUAACAUCACGUAUGUUGAGAAGAAGCUGGAAUUGCAAAAUCUGCUUGGGUAUGCUGCCUCAGAUGCAGUCAUUACUAAAAUUGCCACCCUAGCACAGAGCCUUUAUCACUUGCAGCCUACAGCUAGUUUUGACUUCCUUGGUCCAGAGAAAAAGAUAAUUGGGGCUGAUGUGGAUGUAGAAUUUGGUGCUAACCUUGCAUUUCAACCCCCUAGUCGGUUUGUGGUUGACACAUCUUUUGAGGAUGUGGACUUAGUGGGAGAGGAAAUCAUGCCAUCUUUAUAUCUCCUUCAACAAGGAUGGGGUGAUAAUGGUGACUUAACUGGGAAAGAAUUAAGUGCUAAAGGUAUGCAAUUUGAUCUCUGGUGGUUGAGAGAUGCUUGUGCCAAAAUGGUGAGACAAAGUACAUCCCAACUUUCUCAAGAUGAACUAGCAAUGGCCAUUUGUAGGGUUCUCGAUUCAGAGAAACCUGGUGAUGAGAUAGCUGGUGACUUAUUGGAUCUUGUUGGGGAUAGUGCCUUUGAAACAGUUCAAGACCUAAUAUCACACAGAAAGGAACUUGUUGAUGCCAUACAUCGUGGAUUGCAAUUACUCAAAUCAAAUAAGACUGCCACAAAUACACAACCACGCCUGCCUAGUUAUGCAACUCAGGUAACAGUACAAACAGAAACUGAACGCCAAAUUGAUAAACUUCGACGCAAGGAGGAAAAACGUAAUAGACGGGGGACAGAUUAUGGAGUUGAAGACUUGUCCACCAUAAGUUUUAGCUCUUUGCUUCAAGCAAGUGAUAAUAAAGGCGUAUUUGAUGAUCUGGUGGGUGCUGGUGAAGCGUUGACUGCACCUGCCCUUCCACAAGGUACAGUUAGGAAUCAUUUCAAAGGUUAUGAAGAAGUUAUUAUCCCUCCAUUACCAACCGCACCCAUGAAACCUGGGGAGAAAUUGAUUGGGAUAACGGAGUUAGAUGACUUUGCUCAAGCUGCUUUUGAGGGAUACAAGUCCCUGAACCGUAUCCAGAGUAGAAUAUUUCAUACCACAUAUCACACUAAUGAGAAUAUACUUGUUUGUGCUCCAACAGGAGCUGGUAAAACAAAUAUAGCUAUGAUUGCAGUGCUGCAUGAGAUUGGACAGCACUUCAAGGAUGGUUACUUGCAUAAAAAGGAUUUCAAGAUAGUUUAUGUUGCUCCAAUGAAGGCAUUAGCUGCAGAGGUAACAUCUACUUUUGGCCGUCGUUUAUCCCCACUGAAUAUGAUAGUCAAAGAGCUCACAGGGGACAUGCAACUUUCCAGGAGUGAACUUGAAGAAACUCAGAUGAUUGUGACAACACCUGAGAAAUGGGAUGUGAUAACUCGUAAAAGCAGCGAUAUGUCACUCUCGAUGCUGGUGAAGCUAUUAAUUAUAGAUGAAGUACAUUUACUCAAUGAUGAUAGAGGUCCUGUAAUUGAAGCCUUGGUAGCUCGGACUCUUCGACAGGUGGAAUCCACACAGUCAAUGAUCCGCAUUGUGGGUCUUUCUGCUACACUGCCAAAUUAUUUGGAGGUUGCAGAAUUUCUGAGGGUGAACCCAGACACUGGUCUUUUCUAUUUUGAUUCCAGCUACCGUCCUGUGCCUCUUGCACAACAAUAUAUUGGCAUCAGUGAGCAUAACUUUCAAGCACGGAAUGCUCUGUUGUCAGACAUAUGCUACAAGAAGGUUGUUCAAUCAUUACACCAAGGGCAUCAGGUUAUGGUCUUUGUUCAUUCAAGGAAGGAUACAGGAAAGACAGCUAAUAAGCUGGUUGAUGAUGCAAAGUUAAAUGGCGAUUUUGCGUUAUUUAGCACUGAAACACAUCCACAGUUUGGACUUAUCAAGAGGGAUGUUUUGAAGUCUAGAAACAAAGAGCUUGUUCAGCUUUUUGAGUCCGGUGUUGGCAUCCAUCAUGCUGGAAUGUUGCGAGCUGAUAGAGGGUUGACUGAACGCUUGUUCUCUGAUGGACUGUUGAAGGUACUUGUUUGCACUGCAACCUUAGCAUGGGGAGUCAAUCUACCUGCUCACACGGUUGUGAUUAAGGGAACUCAAUUAUAUGACCCAAAAGCUGGUGGAUGGCGAGAUCUUGGUAUGCUUGAUGUGAUGCAAAUCUUUGGACGUGCUGGUAGACCUCAAUUCGACAAAAGUGGUGAAGGCAUUAUAAUCACCACUCAUGACAAAUUAGCUUACUAUCUACGGCUUUUGACAUGCCAACUGCCCAUUGAAAGUCAGUUCAUCAGUUCGCUGAGGGACAAUUUGAAUGCUGAAGUGGUUCUAGGGACUGUGACAAAUAUGAAGGAAGCCUGUGCUUGGCUAGGAUAUACCUACCUUUUUAUUAGGAUGCAAAAAAAUCCUUUAGCAUAUGGUAUUGGAUGGGAUGAGGUGGUUGCAGAUCCAUCUUUGACAAUAAAACAAAGAGCCUUUGUGGCAGAGGCUGCACGAGCACUUGAUAAAGCAAAAAUGAUGCGUUUUGAUGAGAAGAGCGGGAAUUUCUACUGUACUGAGCUUGGUCGGAUAGCCAGUCACUUCUACAUUCAGUAUUCCAGUGUUGAGACUUAUAAUGACAUGUUAAGGCGUCACAUGAGCGACAGUGAGGUAAUUGAAAUGGUUGCUCAUUCUUCUGAAUUUGAAAAUAUUGUUGUUCGAGAAGAAGAACAAAAUGAGCUAGAAAAGUUGAUCCGAUCAUUUUGUCCUCUGGAAGUUAAGGGUGGGCCAGCAAAUAAACAUGGGAAAAUCUCAAUUCUCAUACAGGUCUAUAUUUCUCAUGGGUCUAUUGAUUCUUUUUCGUUGGUGUCUGACGCGUCAUACAUAAGUGCAAGUUUGGCAAGAAUAAUGAGGGCAUUAUUUGAGAUUUGCUUGCGCAGAGGAUGGUGUGAGAUGACUUCUUUCCUAUUAGAUUAUUGCAAGGCUGUGGAUCGUCAAAUAUGGCCCCACCAACAUCCUCUUAGACAGUUUCAUAUGGAUAUUUCUGGUGAAAUAUUGAGAAAGCUUGAAGAGCGAGAUGCAGAUUUAGAUCAUCUUAGGGACAUGGACGAGAAAGAUAUUGGAGCUUUGAUACGUUAUGCACCUGGAGGAAGAAUGGUUAAGCAAUAUUUAGCAUACUUCCCUUCAAUCCAGUUGUCUGCCACAGUUAGUCCAAUAACCAGAACUGUCUUGAAGGUGGACUUGCUUAUAUCACCAGAUUUCAUAUGGAAGGAACGAUCUCAUGGUGGUGCACUUCAUUGGUGGAUUUUAGUAGAGGAUUCUGAGAACGACCAUAUCUACCACUCAGAUUUCUUCACAUUGACAAAGCGGAUGGCAAAGGGAGAAGCACAGAAGAUUUCAUUCACUGUGCCGAUUUUUGAACCACAUCCUCCUCAAUAUUACAUUCGUGCUGUUUCUGAUUCUUGGUUGCAUGCAGAGGCUCUAUGUACAAUAUCAUUUCAGAAGCUAACACUUCCUGAGGGCCGAACAAGUCAUACAGAAUUGCUCGACUUGAAACCUCUCCCAGUAACUGCAAUUGGCAACGAAAAGUAUGAAACCUUGUACAGAUUCUCACAUUUCAAUCCUAUCCAGACACAGGCUUUUCAUGUUCUGUAUCAUACCAAUGAGAAUGUACUGUUGGGUGCUCCAACUGGAAGUGGUAAAACAAUAUCUGCAGAACUUGCAAUGCUUCAUCUAUUUAACACACAACCUGACAUGAAGGUUAUCUACAUAGCUCCACUAAAGGCUAUUGUCAGGGAAAGGAUGAAUGAUUGGAAGAAGCGCCUUGUUUCUCAACUUGGAAAAAAGAUGGUUGAGAUGACUGGAGAUUAUACUCCAGAUUUAGCAGCUCUCUUGUCAGCCGAUAUCAUUAUUUCAACACCUGAAAAAUGGGAUGGAAUUAGCAGGAAUUGGCACAGUAGAAGCUAUGUCACGAAGGUUGGACUAAUGAUUUUGGAUGAAAUCCACUUACUUGGAGCUGAUCGUGGGCCCAUUCUCGAGGUUUGAUCAUAG